GAGAGCGGCACUGUGUCCCCGCGGCGUGGCGCACGCUCCGCCUGACCCGCCCCCGCUCCUGCCGCCGCUGCUGAGCAGCCUCCUUUUCCUGGGCAGCGAGCAGCUGAGGCCGCUCAGGGCUGCGCCACGUCGGAACUGUGUGAGUGCACCUACACCAACUGAUUCCUGAUUCGUGUGUUCAACAAUAUGGUUUCCUGACAAGAAGAAAGCAAGAUAUCAGAUAUCUACAAACUCUUCAAUGAAUGUAAACAUCAGUGCUGGUUUCUACAAGAUGUGAAGGGACUCACCAUAGGGAACCUAGUACGGUGUAGUCAACAAAGCUCAAAAUGUCUGCUAUUGGUAAUGUGGCCAUCGGAGAGAUGAAAGGUAUCUUGCCUUGUUUUCUCUGAACCUGACAAAAUCAACAUCAUAUGGGCAAAAUAAAACAGAAAGGAAACUUGUUCUGAAUAACAGAAUGCCAAAGAAAAGGAAAAAUCUGAGUGAGAGUCCCUCCAGGAAAGUCGUGGAUUCGGAGAGAAUGGCUGCUUCUGGUGAAGGACUGGUACCGCCUUCAGGAGAUGUGUCAGUGUCACGAGCAAUUUACAGUGUCAAUCAGGAAGAGCUCUUAAACAACAUGUCAGAAAUGUUUUCUGACCUGGAUGCUAGCGUGGUUUAUAUGGUGCUGUCUGAAUGUGAUUUUAAAGUUGAAAAUGCUAUGGAUUGUCUGCUAGAACUUUCCACAGCUGCUAAGGGAGUAAUAUCUUCAAAAGUCUCAGGUUUUGAUUCAAUAGCAUCAUCUCUAUCUCUUGUUAACCAGCAAAGCUCUGUUGCAAAUGAAAUAGUGGGUGAAAGUUGUGCAAAAGAAGAUAUUGUGAACUUUAAAGAAGAAUCAGAAGAAUCAGAAAAGAUCUCGUCACCUGAUAUUCAGCUGACUGAAGAGCUAGAUCCCUUGAUACAAACUGCUUUUGAGAAAUACAGUCUGAGAGACAAAUUGUAUGAUUCCACAAAUGACAAAAUCACAGGAAAGCAGCCUGUGACAUUGGACCAGAGUAAUUCUAAUGGCAUUAAUGAAUUUCCUGAGAGUGAAAAAUCCAGUUUAGAGUUUAAUGUCCUGCUUUCUCUGCAGCAAGCAGAGACAGAAAAUGAGAAGUUAGAAAACUUCUCCUCUAUGUUAAUCUCAGAGGGUCACAAAUCUUCUCAGCCAGCUGUAAGUAAAUCUAGCAUUCAGACAAAGGAUAGUUCAUCAGCUGACAUGGACAUUUUUGCACAAGUAUCAGUAAGAUCUAGUCUGCCAGAAAUUAAUACUGACAAUGCUCCAGAAGUCAUUAAACCAGCAAACUCGGAAGUGGCUUGUAGGAAUCUUAAUCAAUCACAGAAUAUUGUUUCAGACCAUGGAAGUUUGAAUACUUCUGGUCAUUUCUUCCAGGGACUUGGAGAAGCUGGUACAACAGCUAGUGGAAAUUCCAGCUCAAAAUGCCUUGAACAACAGGACGGUGUAAUGGCUGUGUGUAGUAGCCAAAAAAGCAUUUCUCUCCCUGAAGUGUUUGAAUCUCUUGAAGGAUCCAGUUUCAAAUCGCCACAACUUGCAGAUGUUCAGCAGGGAUGGAAUUUACAUUUUUUUCCACCAACACAGCACCCUCCACAGCCUCCUUGGAAUCCAAUGGCUCCUGUGUUUUAUCCAUCAGGUGGAAGUCACAGCUUUGUAAUUCCAGUAGCUAUCAGUCCGGGACAAUGGAGGCCUGUUUCAGACUGCAGGACGCAUGGCAAAAGAAUGCCUUUUCCUCCUCCAGUGGUUUCACAUGUCUGGGAUAGCAACGCAUCUCCGAAGGUAUGGGGAAAUCAAGAUGGAAUCCAAAAAAUGAAUCUCUCUCAAGUACACCAACCACCUGUUUGUCCGGUGAUGAGAAAAAAGACACAUCUUGUAGGUCAAGUACUUGUUCUUCUCAGAGGGGUUCCAGGAUCAGGAAAAUCCUUUUUGGCAAGGGCUUUGCUUGAGGAUAACCCAAGUGGAAUCAUUCUUAGUACUGAUGAUUACUUUUACAAAAAUGGACAAUAUCAAUAUGAUGCAAAUUGCUUAGGAGAAGCACAUGAGUGGAACAGGAAACAAGCCAAAGAAGCAUUUGAAAAGAGAAUCUCUCCUAUAAUAAUAGACAACACAAACAUACAGGCAUGGGAGAUGAAGCCUUACGUUGCUUUGUCUCAGCAGUACAAAUACAAAGUAAUGUUCCGAGAGCCUGAUACUUGGUGGAAGUUUAAACCAAAAGAGCUUGAAAGGCGAAACAUUCAUGGUAUAUCUAAAGAAAAGAUCAAAAGAAUGUUGGAGCAUUAUGAACGUUGCCUUACUGUUAACUCAAUCUUGAAUUCUGCUAUCCCAAACAAAUCAGAAAAUGCUGAUUGGAAUGAAGAUCCUUGUCAGGGGGAAGGUUAUGGGCAAAAAGAGGUACAUGCGUAUGUGAAAGAAGAGAGACUUUUUGCUUCAGCUUCGAAGCCUCCUGAAUUAGCUGAAGAGGAGAAACAUGCAUCUGCUACAUCUUCAGCAGUAGAAAAUAACUUAACAGAUAAAUAUUUUCAAAAAGAAGAGGAGGAAAUUGAAAAUAAUUUAAGAGAACACGUUUCUGAGAAUAGCAAUAUUCAAGGUGGCGUGGAUAUCAGUUUAUCAGAUUAUGAAGAAAAAGAAGUGCCUUUGGGGCAAAAAACUGUAAAGAGAGAAGAAAUACAUAGAAUUACUGAAACAGAAACUACUAAAACUAAUGAGGUGAAAUCUGUAGAAACCACACACUUGCAUAUCUGUUCCUGUGAACAUAUUCAAGAACAUAGUGACAAGAUUCUGGAAGUUCAAACUGAAAAAGAUCAGUACAAUGAAACUGAAGUAGAACCAGUAGUAACACAUGAAAGGAACAUUAUGAAACAAAAUGGUUCAUCUUUGGAUGUAUCAGUGAGGCCAGAAUUAUUAAACUUUCUGGGUGACUGGCCUGUAGAACAAACAAUCAGGCAGAGAACUAAAAGGACUAGAAGAACAGAUAAAUUUUCGAUGAAGCGUGAUAAAGAGGAUAAAGCAACCAGCCAGCAUCUUCUUGAUUCCCAUAAGUCACAAGUGGACCUGACAGAUAUUCAGCAGGAAGUACUACCUGGUGAAAAAAGACAGGGGGAGGAAAAUUUAGUCUCUGACUCUUUCUGUGUUCUUGGCUCAGAUAAAAUUACCCCAGAAUUGCAAAUGAUGGGAGACUGGCCUGCUAUGAGCUCUUUGCAGCAGAGGCAACAUAGAUCAAGGAGAAUAUCAAAGAGAAGUCUAAGUGAAUCUGAUGAAGCUGGAAAUAAUAAAUGUGAUAUACACAAAAAUGUUCUUGACACAGUGGAUAUGCUUCAUGGAACGUCUGUGAACACUGAAGAGCUACAGGACACAGUGACAUCAAAUUUUCAAGAACCUGAAAGAGUAGCUAGUGAAAACAUCAGUGAGAAAAAGCCCCAACACAAUAAAAGAACACGGAAGCAUCAUAAAUUAGCCCUCACAUUUACCAACAGCAGUAUGGCCCUCUCCAAACCAGAAGAACAGUUGUCAAUGCUUAAUUUGCUGGAAAAGGAAGCUGAAAAACACAUCUGUAAACAACCAAGCAGGUAUUCACAGACUGAGCCACAGGAUUUUGCACUCUUAUGGAGAUUAGAAAAGAAAAUUAUUAUUUCUGAGAAUAUUAUUUCCGAGAAUACCAAAGUGUUACAUGGCAGAUUAGAUGCAUUCAGACCAAAAGAUAUGGAUGCUGCUUCAAGUUCUCGAGAAAAAAUACCCUAUAGAGUUAUGUAUGAUAAAAGCACACAUGUGGAAGAAAGUGAACUUACUAGCAUUGAUGAAUCUGAAAAUUUGAAUGUUCUUUGUAAACUGUUUGGGUCCUUUUCAUUUGAUGCAUUGAAAGACUUGUAUGAAAGAUGUAACAAGGACAUUGUCUGGGCCACAGGCCUGCUAUUGGAUUCUGAUGAAAAGUUGUGUAAAGGCGAAGACAUUGAAUUCUUGCAGGAGGCAGGAACUGAGCCAGCUACUACAGACCUUGAAUUCAAGGCAAAUACAAACUAUGGAGAGAAUCUUAAAAAUUCUGAACAAACCAGUCAAAUAAUUGGGACUAAUGGUAUCACUCAACUUUCAGAAAACAAUUUAUCAGUGUGUUAUGCAGAGAGUGAAACUGCGGACAUACUUGAAACAGAUGCUAAAAUAUCUGACUCACUAACAAGACUUCCACCGGGUGCUUCAGUAAAACUCAAAAAUACCAAGGACAUUGCUCCCAGAACUCAGGCAGAAGGUUCAGGAACAGAUAUCAUCAAGCAGUCUGUUUCAGAGACACAGAAAAUAAACUUAAAGGCGAUGAGCCUUGUUAAUGAAACAGAGGAAAAACCAGUGGUGUCACAACUUGAUGUGGGGUUAUGUUUACCUGAGAAUUUACAUAAGGUGUUUAACACUGCUCCAAACAUUUUGAAAUCCAAAUUAAAUAAGGAGAUAGACAGUAAACUCUCAGAAACGUAUCUAGAGAGUUCCAAAGUAAAUAAUAUGAUUCGUCCGUUACUGCAAAUGGAUCAAGCACCUUUGAAGAACUGUGCAAGUGAUGUAAAAGAACUGGAAACCUAUAAAGAAACUCAGGGGAAUGAUAUGAUAGCAACUGGAGGCGAUAGGGAAGAAAGCAAACCUUCUAAUAUGGAUGAAGAUAGAACCAAGAUAUUGAACCCUGCUUCAUUAUCCUCGGGAUCCAUGAAUAUAAAUUGCCUAGAAUUGGCAUUACCUCCUGAACUAGCCCUUCAACUGAAAGAAAUAUUUGGGCCAGUUGGCAUUGACUCAGGAUCUCUAACUGUUGAGGAUUAUGUGGUUCAUAUAGAUCUGAAUCUGGCCAAAGUGAUUCAUGAGAAAUGGAAAGAAUCUAUUAUGAAGAGACAAAGGAUGGAAGAUGAAUAUUAUAAGCUGCUUAUGCAAGAUGGUGGUGGAUCUGCUAAUCAAGCAUUCAGUCCCUCAGCUCCCCAGGAGGAAUUCUUCCUCUGCAAAAAACACCCUCUCCACUCACCUACGACCUGGGCUAUGACUUCAAGCCACAAUCUGAUCCUUAGACUUAAAGAUCUGGAUGACCCGAAUACAAUCUUAUCUCAGAGCACAGAUAGUAAACUGCAGAGAAAGAAAAUGGGCUGUUCCUCUCGAUCAUCAACAGAGACACACAGUGAAAAUCUAGCAACAUCAGAAAUUUUCCCUUUUAUGGAUCACUGGAAUGCACAGACUCAAAGAGUAUCACUCAGAGAAAUAAUGUCUGAAGAAAUAGCCUUACAGGAGAAACAGGACCUGAUCAUGCUAUAUCUCGGUGUACAGAAACAUGUUCCUUCCAUGGCUAGAAAGGACUGUGCUGCCAGUUUGAAGGAGAAGCAACUCUUUGAAAUGUUCCCAACCAUAAACCAAAACUUCUUAAUGGACAUCUUCAAGGACAACAACUACUCCUUAGAACAGACCGAGCAAUUUCUGAACUGUGUCCUGGAGGCAGACCCUGUAAAAACAGUUGUAGCUCAAGAGAUUGCUCAGGAAAGUGACACUCUGCCUUCCUGUAGUGCUAUAAAGAACCGAGAGAAAAAGGCAAAAAAAUCCAAGGAGGCUGAAGAUGUCCUGAAUGAGAUGGUGUUCCAAGACAUUGAGUACCCUGGGUAUGAUGACUUUAGAGCAGAGGCUUUCCUUCACCAGGAAAAGAAACAGGAAUGCUUAAAAAAGGCAGAGGAGGCCUAUCGCAUGGGUAUGAAGCCUGUGGCAGCAUUUUAUGCACAACAGGGUCGCCUUCAUGAGCAGAAGAUGAAAGAAGCAAACCACGCUGCUGCUGUGCAAAUCUUUGAGAAAGUAAAUGCAUCCCUGCUGCCUCAGAAUGUUUUGGAUCUGCAUGGUCUUCAUGUAGAUGAAGCCAUUAAUCACUUGUCCAGAGUGCUGCUGGAGAAAAGCCACGAAUACAAGCAGACUGGUGGUAAACCAUAUCUGUGUGUGAUCACGGGAAGAGGAAACCAUAGCCAGGGAGGAGUUGCUCGCAUCAAACCAGCAGCCAUUAAAUACCUCACAAGCCACAACUUCAGGUUCACAGAAAUAAAACCAGGCUGCCUGAAAGUUACGCUGAAGUAAAAGGAUGGGAAGAAGGGGAGUGUGAAACUAGAAACUUUAA